AUGAAUUUAUUUACCUGUGUUUUGCAGAAAAGUUCAAAUCCAUCGACACCACAAACACAAAAGGGCGCCUUGAAAGAAAAAGUUGUCCUUAAGAAAGAACCGAUUGCAAAUCCAUCCAGAGUGCCUGACCCGAUACCCGCUCGGAUACCUAGGCCAAAAAUUUCAAGAUAUAGCCCAAUUGAAGCGCAAGCUCAGUCGCCUGACGAAUUUUUUCAACAGGAAGCUGAAGUCGCUGAUCGUUUAACUCCUCUGCGAUCCGAGAUGCGCACUUUACGCACUUAUAGUAACGGAAGGGUGCUUCCGCCGCCACGAAUGUUACCACCAACAGUACCUGUGCAACCACAGAAUGAUGUUGUUGCAUACGACGCUCCAGCUGCAGAAGAAGACACCGGUGUGAUACCCAAAAAACUUUUUCUCGGCGGUCGAGAAAGACGUAGGGGAAAACCAAAUAACUAUUUUAGUACAUCAUCGGAUUCUGAAGGUUCAUACGACACCAAUGAAGUUACAAAUGCAUCAUCGCCACCUUUGUUUGAAAUGUCGAAACAACUAAAAGAGGCGUUGGACGUCUUGAAACAUAAAUUUGACAACCUUCCAGUGGAUCCUGCUGCUUGGGAUUGGGCUACCAAAUAUGUUCAACAUGAAUGGCUGAAAACUGCAGCUCGAAGAACUGCGAUGGUUCAGCAGGUUGAGGGUUUUAUUGAGGCACUUGAGCAAUACUCCAAUAAAGUGCUGACUUUAGUUGUCAAUAUGACAGAUCAAAAUGUAAGCUUUUUUAAAUUCCAGUUUCUACUAUAACG